AUGUUAGAAAAAGGCAAAAGAGAAACUACGGAGGAUACACUCGCAUAUACAAACCCAAUUUACCCAAAGUCCAUGACACAAGCAAUUAAGCUAGCCGUCGAAACACUGAUGACUUCCGACGAGAUUGUGAAACACCUUUUCACUCUCCUUUCCCUCUGCGCACCACAACAAUUAAACGUGGACGUAGCAAUCAAUUAUAUCAUUAACGUACUCCACGACUUUCAUGAAGAGGACAAGGAACUAAUACGCGUGAAGUUAAGAAAUUACUCACUUUUGCUUUUCGAAGAUGACCAAGGUGGCUACUUCAUUCGUGUGCACCAGGUUGUGCACGAUGCUAUCCAAAUUAUGAUGAGCAAUUGCCCAGAGAGUCAAACCCCUAAAGUCGUAAAUGCCGUUAUUACAUCAUUUGACGAAUUUAUAGACGCUGUUCCACAAUUGAAUAGGAGACUGGACACCAUACGUCUCGUUCCACAUUUAAAGGCCAUAACCGUGGUAACCGACGAAGUGUUUGUAAAAGAAAAUUUUCUCCAAGUUCACGAUCAAGACAUUUCAGAAAAAUGUGAAAACCUAGCGCAUAUUUGUAAAAUGCAUUGUAAAUUUAACGUGGCCAAAACAUACUUUACACAUUCACUCGCCAUAAAACUUGAAAAGCUCGGCCCUGAACAUGUUGAUGUUGCGAGAAGCUACAAUGACUUGGCUUCAAUUUACAAGGACCUAGGUGACCUCGAGCAAGCCAAGGAGUAUCAGCAACGUGAUCUAAAGAUUAGAGUGGACAAGCUUGGCCCUGAACAUGUUGAUGUUGCAACAAGCUACAAUAACUUGGCUUUACUUUACCAGGACCUAGGUGACCUCGAGCAAGCCAAGGAGUAUCAGCAACGUGCUCUAAAGAUUACACUGGACCAGCUUGGCCCUGAACAUGUUCAUGUUGCAACAGGGUACAAUAACUUGGCUUUAAUGUACAAGGACCUAGGUGACCUCGAGCAAGCCAAGGAGUAUCAGCAACUUGCUCUAAAGAUUACACUGGACAAGCUUGGCCCUGAACAUGCUGAUGUUGCAACAAGCUACAAUAACUUGGCUUCAAUUUACAAGGACCUAGGUGACCUCGAGCAAGCCAAGGAGUAUCAGCAACUUGCUCUAAAGAUUAGACUGGACAAGCUUGGCCCUGAACAUGUUGAUGUUGCAACAAGCUACAAUAACUUGGCUUCAAUUUACCAGGACCUAGGUGACCUAGAGCAAGCCAAGGAGUAUCAGCAACGUGAUCUAAAGAUUACACUGGACAAGCUUGGCCCUGAACAUGUUGAUGUUGCAACAAGCUACAAUAACUUGGCUUUCAUUUACAAGGACCUAGGUGACCUCGAGCAAGCCAAGGAGUAUCAGCAACGUGCUGUAAAGAUUAGACUGGACAAGCUUGGCCCUGAACAUUUUGAUGUUGCCACAAGCUACUGUAACUUGGCUUCAAUUUACUAUCACCUAGGUGACCUGGAGCAAGCCAAGGAGUAUCAGCAACUUGCUCUAAAGAUUAGACUGGACAAGCUUGGCCCUGAACAUGUUAAUGUUGCAAGAAGCUACAAUGACUUGGCUUUAAUUUACCGGGACCUAGGUGACCUCGAGCAAGCCAACGAGUAUCAGCAACGUGCUCUAAAGAUUACACUGGACAAGCUUGGCCCUGAACAUGUUGAUGUUGCAACAAGCUACAAUAACUUGGCUUCAAUUAACCAGCACCUAGGUGACCUCGAGCAAGCCAAGGAGUAUCAGCAACGUGCUCUAAAGAUUAGACUGGACAAGCUUGGCCCUGAACAUGUUGAUGUUGCAACAAGCUGCAAUAACCUGGCUUUAAUUUACAAGGACCUAGGUGACCUCGAGCAAGCCAACGAGUAUCAGCAACUUGCUCUAAAGAUUACACUGGACAAGCUUGGCCCUGAACAUGUUGAUGUUGCAAGAAGGUACAAUAACUUGGCUUCAAUUUACCAUGACCUAGGUGACCUCGAGCAAGCCAAGGAGUAUCAGCAACUUGCUCUAAAGAUUACACUGGACAAGCUUGGCCCUGAACAUGUUGAUGUUGCAAGAAGCUACAAUAACUUGGCUUUAAUUAACCAGGACCUAGGUGACCUCGAGCAAGCCAAGGAGUAUCAUCAACGUGCUCUAAAGAUUAGACUGGACAAGCUUGGCCCUGAACAUGUUGAUGUUGCAAGAAGCUACAAUAACUUGGCUUCAAUUUACCAGGACCUAGGUGACCUCGAGCAAGCCAAGGAGUAUCAGCAACGUGCUGUAAAGAUUACACUGGACCAGCUUGGCCCUGAACAUGUUGAUGUUGCAACAAGCUACAAUAACUUGGCUUCAAUUUACCAUGACCUAGGUGACCUCGAGCAAGCCAAGGAGUAUCAGCAACUUGCUCUAAAGAUUAGACUGGACAAGCUUGGCCCUGAACACGUUGAUGUUGCAACAAGCGACAAUAACUUAAGCAACGACGACGGCGACGGCAACGAGGACGGCAAUAGCUUUGCAUGUGCAUCACGCUCUUUUUGGACGGUCAUAUUUUGUUGUCGUUGCAUGACUAAGACGUGA